AUUCACUCCUCCAGAUCUUCAACGGCCGACCGUACGUGUCAUGGCAGUAAAACCCAGCUACUUACUGACUUCACCACCUUAACUUCUCUGUCUCUCAAAAUUGUUCUUUCUUGCAAUUGCGUAAAUGUUUGCAAAACCCUUCGUUGGCUCCAUUUGCAAAAGACCCGCAGUGACCAGGCUUGUGAAACAGCCCCGGAGCCAAUACCUUCAUGCCACAUCACCGUUCAGCCUUCCUCGGCGCAAGGACUUCUUCUCUUCCAAUGCGUAUCUGACUCAGAAACAAUCAAAAGCCGGAGAUGGGAGCGAGGAUCCCGGGCAAGAAUUCCAGAAGCAACGGAGAAGAGGAGGCAGAUCGCCGGCAGCGCCAACCUCGUUACGGAGAGUCGCGGUUGAGGCACAAAGAUCGAAAGAUGGCUUUCUCUCUAAAGCUAUGCUUAAAGAGCAAGGGCUCUAUCAAACCAAGGUUGUGACGGCUUAUGCGGUGGCCGAGCAAUUCAACAUCCGCAAAGUGCGGGAAAUUCUUCAAGAGAAAGGCUAUGAACCAGAUCCCUUUGAUACCGGCCUAUACCCCCAAGUGGUUCAUGUUCAGGUCCCCCUAGACUCCAUUCGUCGCGUCAGCAACCCGGCCACCACGGAUUUGGCUCCCAAUGAAGUUGGCGAUAUUUUCGUUUUCCCCUCGGGUACCGUUGUGGCGUGGUCGCUCCCAGAAGGCUUUACAUCUUUCCUCGCAACUAGGACCUUACUCCCUGCAGCCGAAAGACCUCAUCUGGAUAGCUUAGAGACGGAAGAUCUCGAGUAUGUGGAGGAUCAGCAACGAGAUAGCAGCAGCAUAAAGGGCGAUACCAUUAUCCUAGGCACCAAACCAAGCAACAAUGGGACAAGCCCGCAGCUUGAUCGACAGCCUGUGGAUACGGUCCUCACUAAAGUGGCAUUUUCCUCCGGGCUGGCUCGGAGCACAAAAUUGGCAGUGUUGGAAACACUCCUGUCAAAUUAUUUCGAAUCAACCAGAUCGAUACCUACACUAUUGUCACAAGGAUCUCGCCUUCCAUACACAAGGGACUUUAUCCUUCGAAAGACAGGGCAGUUAUUAAGCGUACGCGCCCAAUUAAAUCUUUAUUCAGAGCUCACGGACUCCUUACCGGACCUCUUCUGGGAUAGCCGGCAUGAACUUGGGCUGGAAGGAUACUACGAACAGGUAGGAAGAGCGCUGGAUGUCGGAAUUCGCAUCAAGCUCUUGAACGAAAAGAUGGAUUAUGCGCAGGAAAUAGCAAGCGUCCUUCGGGAGAGGCUGAGUGAGACACACGGACUGCGGCUUGAAUGGAUCAUCAUCCUCCUCAUCGCAGUUGAAGUCUGCUUUGAGGUUCUGAGAAUGUGGAAAGAGCGAGCUCAUGAGCAAGAGUUACAGAAAGAAAAGGCUAUAGAUGCGGUGAAAUCUUGAUAGCCUGCAAAUGUGUGUAUAUGUAUAUAUAUAAAUGACCUAGCCUUACAUGAUACCCCUCUCAUUUUUACUGAA